UGGUCUCUAUAAGCUCUUGAUGACUUAUUCAUCUUUCCAACCAUUCAAUAGUAGUACAUCUAAUUCUGUUCCUUGUGGUAGUCAUACAUCUAAUUCUGUUCUUUAUAUUACUUUUAGUACUUGUGUUCAAUCUGUAACUGUUCUACCUACUGAUAUUAAUAAAAUUGAUGUUGUUUGGAAUAAUAGACUGGGUCAUAUUCCUUUUUCCAAGAUAAAGCAUAUUUAUGCCAUUUUACCUGUUAUAUCCUCUAAACAAUCCUUUCUUUGUCCUAUCUGCCCUUUGGCCAGACAUACCAGAUUGUCUUUUCCUGAUAGUUCCAUUAAGAGUAAUUCUCCCUUUCAAUUGAUUUACCUAGAUACCUAGGGUCCCUAUCAUUCCCCUACUUAUGAUGGUUUAAAGUACUUCAUGACCAUUGUUGAUGAUUUCUCUAGGGCUACUUGGACUCAUUUAAUGAGUGCCAAGAGUAAUGCCUUUGAUCUUCUCAAAGCCUUUAUUGUUUUGGUUAAAACUCAAUUUAAUUCUAAAGUGCUCACUAUUAGGAGUGAUAAUGCUUUCGAGUUAGGGUCUAGUAUCUCUGGUUCUUUCUUUUUUCUUCCAAAGGUAUCAUUCAUCAAACCUCCUGCUCUUAUACUCCACAGCAGAAUGGUGUUAUAGAGAGAAAACACAGACACUUACUUAAAACUGUCAAAGCUCUUCUUUUCCAAACUUCCCUUUCCCUUAAGUUUUGGGGUGAUUUUAUUUUGACUGCCACAUACCUCAUUAAUAGGUUUUCUUCUCCUUUGUUAUACAAUAAGAGUCCAUAUAAAAUUCUUUACUAUUCUCCACCUACUUACUCUUACCUUAGAGCUUUUGGUUUCUUGUGUUAUUCUACUGUUACUUCACCUCAUAAGGAUAAAUUUUCCCCUAAGGUUGUGCCUUGUGUGUUUGUUGGGUACUUUUUUGGUAAAAAGGGCUAUAAGUUGUACAAUCUAUCUUCCAAAAUUACUUUUGUGUCUAGGGAUGCCAUUUUCCAUGAGCAUAUUUUCCCUUUUGCCCUUUCUAAAUCCUUUUUUUUCCUUGGUCUCCAUUCUCUUAUUCUUUUUCUUUUCAUGACUCUUAUUUUUCUAAUCUUCCUUCUACUGGUUCUCAUGCUGUUGCUGGCCCCACCACUGUGUCCUCCACUCCAUCUCUUUCCUCUUUCACCUUUCUGAACCAUCCAUGUAUACCUGUUUCACCUUUUUCUGCACCUUUUUCUGUCCCUUCUCCUGCUCUUGCUCCUGCUCCUUUACCUCCCCUGAGGCACUUCACUAGACCUCACUCCAUCCCUAAAUACCUCAAAGAUUAUUCCCUUUUCUCCUUUCUUAGAAAUUCUAUUGAUCAGCCUUCUAGCUCCUUGUCUGCUACUUCUACUAAGCAUACUGUGGUAGAACCUCAGUGUUUCUCUUAAGCUGCUGCCAUCCCAGCAUGGCAGGAUGCUAUGAAGGUUGAAUUUGAGGCUUUAGCUAUAAAUGGGACUUGGGAUAUUGUGUCCUUCCUGGCUGGAAAGAAGUUUAUUGGGUGGAUCUUGAUGAGGAGGUAUUCAUGAGGCUUCAUCCUGGUUUGACUAUUGGUUAUCCAUCUAGCUAUUCUUCCACUGCUGGUCCUCUUGUUUCUAAGCUUCAAAAGUCUCUCUAUGGGCUAAGAAAAACUUCCAGACAUGGUAUGCCAGUCUCUCUCAAGCCCUUUACUCCAGGGGUAUACUCACUCCCUUAAUGAUUAUUUCCUUUUCAAAAAGGGGUCUGGUGAUUUCUUGGUGUUACUGGCUAUAUAUGUUGAUGAUAUUAUCCUGACUGGUUGUGAUUUGAUUGAAAUUACUGCUCUCAAGUCUUACUUGCAUUCCUCUUUCCGGAUCAAAGAUUUGGGUUCUCUUAACUAUUUCUUAGGUAUGAAAGUUCUUUAUACUCCUUCAGGGAUGUUACUCCACCAAAGAAAGUUCAUUUUUGACUUGUUAAAGUCCUACAACAGUCUGGAUUGUUCCCCUGUGGUCUGUCCACUUGAGCUUAAUACCAAGCUUCAGGCCAAUGUUUGUGAUUCCCUUCCUAAUCCUACUGAUUACAGAUGUUUAGUUGGGAAAUUCAAUUUUCUCACACAUACGCGACCUGAUAUUUGCUUUGCUGUACAAUAUUUGAGCCAAUAUAUGGAACAUCCUUGUGUUCCCCACAUAAAUGCUACAUUGCAUUUACUAAGAUAUCUCAAGGGUACUAGUGAAUCUGAUAUUUUUCUUUCGGCAUCUUCUGAUUUUUCCCUUACUGCUUAUUGUGAUUGUGAUUAGGGUGCUUGUGCUGAUAGUCGCAAAUCUGUGACUGGAUUUUGUAUAUUUUUGGGCAACAGUCUGGUUAGUUGGAAAUCUAAGAAACAGGUUACUGUUUCUCUUUCUUCGGCUGAGGCUGAGUAUAGGGACAUGAGUAAGGCGGCUGCUGAGAUCACUUGGAUUACUCGUCUACUAUAUGAUUUUGGUUUAUCUGGUCUAACACCUGUGCCUUUGUUGUGUGAUAAUUAGGCUGCUAUCCACAUUGCUAGGAAUCCCGUCUUUCACGAGCGACCGAAGCAUAUAGAGUUGGACUGUCUUUUAUUCGAACCAAGCUUUCUGAUGGAAUGAUCUCCUUAUCUCACACUUGCAGUUCCUGUCAGCACUGCAUAGUAAAAAGGAGAUGCUAUAUGAAAUACACUUUCACAUCCAUCAACAAUAGCAUCAAAGGCGCCUUCUUCCAGCAAGUCUGCUUUGAACAAAUGGAGACUCUCCUUAGCUCCAUCAAGGGAUGUCAAAUGAUCCAUCUUUUUUGGAUUACCAGUAGGAAAACUCAAAGAAUCAAACAUUUGAAUAUCUAGAGUUGGAAUGUUCUCAAACUUAUAAGGGGCCAGUUUGCCAUGAAAAAUUAUCACUUUUUCUCAGAGUUGAACUUGUUAAGCAUGCUUAAGUUCAGGCCUAAUUGUCUACUUUAUCGGAUCAGGCCCAGGACCAGCAGUUCAACCCGACUUAGAUAUAUUAGCUUCUUUCUUUUUCUGAUUGUAGAUACAAGGGUAGAGACUCUUCUAGAAACACAGAGAAUAACAAAACUAUCUUUCUUCGAUUAAGCUUUUUCCCCUCUUCUGUUUUCUUAUACAUGUACAGUUCAUAUCUUUAACUUUGGAUUCAAUUUUGAUUCUUCAAUCCAACAUGGUAUUAAAUCCAGGUUAGCUAGAUGUCGACUUCUGCAAUCAAAUGAUGUUACCCUCGCCUUCUUUCUCCGGCAAAUUCUUCGGUGACUUUAAUCUAAGGUUUUAACGCAAUUUUGAGGAUUUUCUCCUCUUUGAGCAUGAAGUGUCCAUUUUUUUGUUCAUCCCAUUGUCAGGAUUAGUUCAGUAUUCAUGAUUAUUGUGAAGACCAAACUUCUUUGAGCUUUAGAAAAAGAGCGGUAAAUUCUUUCUAUUUUUCUCUAUUAUCUGCACUACUGAAUUUAUGGUCGAUAGUUCUAGAUUUUACGACUUUUAUACUGUAUUAUGAUGAGUAUUAGUCCGGCCACAUUUUCUGAGAUUGUGCGUGGUUCAAUUUCCGCUGACGCAUUUUUACCUUUUGCUGUUGAGAUUUCACAUCCAUUUUACAUACAUCCCUCUGAUAAUCCCAAUACUCCUCUCGUUUCUCUUCCUUUUGAUGGGCGUCGUUUUGUUGUUUGGCGUAAACAUAUACUUAUAGCAAUUUCUGCCAAGAACAAAUUGGGGGUGGUAACUGGUAGAAACCCUCAACCAAGUCCUCAGUAUCCUUAUUCUUCUGCCUGGGAGAGAUGCAAUGAUAUGCUCAUUGCAUGGAUCACUAAUUCUAUGACUAGGGAUAUUUCCAUUAGCCUCAUAGGAUAUAAUACCGCAAAAUAUAUCUGGAUUGACCUAAAUGAUUAAUUCGGUCAAUCAAAUGGGUCAAAAUAUAUCCUAAUUUUAAGAGAAAUCAGCUCAACCAGCAAGGUUCUUCAGGUAUAGCAACCUAUUUUACUAGGUUCAAGGGUCUGUGGGAUGAACUACUUGCUGCAUAUGUAGGUCCAACUUGCACAUGUUGUGCUCUUUUGAAACUCCUUGUGGACCAGUAGUUAUUCCAAUUUUUGAGUGGGUUGAAUGAAACCUACUCUUCUUGCAAAACUCAUAUUCUGAUGAUGUCUCCCAUGCCAUCCAUUAGCAAAGAUUAUGCUAUGUUGCAGCAUGAUGAGCAUCAAAGGGAGAAUUCAUCUCACAUUCCAAAAUUUUUUAGUGAAUCUAGUUCAUUCUCAGCUUCUAUCAACCCAGGGUCUCAUAGGCAGGGACAUGGAUCAUCUUCUACCCAUCUAGGGUUUUACAGACAGGGACAUGGUCUAAUUUAGGAUAGGGAUCAUCUCAAAGGGUUAAAUUUGAUUCAAAGAAACCCCUUUCUACUUCUAAUCUCUUCUGUAAGUACUGUAAAAAGACCAACCAUAUUUUUGAAAAGUGCCAUAGGUUGUUUGGAUAUCCUCCCGAUUACAAGUUUACCAAAAAUAAAAAGGUGUCAGCUUUUUGUGUGCACACUAGUGGAUCCUCAUGUGAUGUUGGAAACUCAACUUCCAAUGGAGUUUCGUCUGGAAAUUGAUCUGAUAUUAUUCCUAGUUUUUCAAAGGAGCAAUCCCAGCAACUCAGGAAUAUAUUCCAGCAGACAUACAUCACUCCCCUUUCUCAUCUUGCGGAUUUCAUUAGCGAUGAUUUUGCAUUUGCUACUUUUGCAGGUGUGUUUUGUUCUGCAGUAAAUAGUCCUAACUUUCAUGUAUGUGGUUUAUCCCAUUUAGAUUUAUAUUCUUGGAUUUUAGACUCAGGUUCAACAAACCAUAUUACACUUCACAAACACCUUCUGCAUAACAUAAAACCCUUAGCUAUACCUUUCUUAGUUACUCUACCUAAUGGGUAUAAAUUUAAAGUCAUUUCCACUGGUUCUUUUCAAUUAAGAACUGACAUUGUCCUCCAGAAUGUGCUCCUUGUACCUUCAUUCAGUUUUAAUUUGAUUUCUGUUCAUAAAUUGAUUAUUCAACCUAAUUGUUAUGCAAUCCUUACAAGAUUUGCUUGUUUUCUACAGGCCCCUUCUCUGAAGAGGCCAUUGGAAAUUAGUAAAGUAGCAAAGGGAUUGUACUUCUAUCAUCCUGAUUUCAUAUUCACACAUGAUGCCCUUUCAACCUCUUUCCUUAGUUCUAUUUCUGCAAAUGUGUGUAAUUCUACUGUUAGUUCUUCACUAGUUGAUUCUAGUGCUCAAAAUUUCCCUGGUAAUUGUACUUCUAUUGCUAAUAAAAAUGAUCUGCUUUGGCAUUUGAGAUUAAGCAUAUGCCUUUUUGUAAAAUGAAAUAUAUUUCCUGUUUGUCUGAUAUUCUGUCUCCUAAACAACAAUUCUCAUGUUCUGUUUGCCCAAUGGCCAGAAAACAAAGAUUACUUUUCCUACCGGCUCAAUUAAAUCUACAUCCCCAUUUCAAUUAGUCCAUACCAAUAUUUGGGGUCCAUACCAUACUAAAACCUAUAAUGGUUUUCGAUACUUCUUAACCCUUGUGGAUGAUUAUUCUAGAGCUACAUAGACACAUUUAAUAUCAUGUAAAAUCAAUGCACUUUCUAUUCUAAAGUCUUUUGUUGCAAUGGUUCAAGUUUAUUUUAACUCCAAAAUUCAAACAUUCAUAUAUGACAUUGCCUACGAAUUAGGACCCACAUUUGAAUGUCAAUCUUUCUUCUCAACUAAUGGUAUUCUACACCAAACAUCUAUUCCUCACACUCCACAACAACAUGGGGUGGUUGAAAGAAAACAUAAACAUCUUCUUGAAGUAUCUCGAGCAUUAUUAUUUCAGUCCCAUCUCCCUUUAAAAUAUUGGGGAGAAUGUGUUUUAACUGCUACUUACCUUGUCAACAGGUUUCCAUCUACUGAUUUGCCCAAUCGUCUUUCUCCCUAUGAAAUCCUACAUCAUAAUCCUCCUUCCUAUAAUCACUUAAGAUCUUGUGGUUGCUUGUGUCAUACUGCAUCUUCUCCCCUGGAAGGGAUAAAUUCCACUCUAUAUCUAUUGCUACCAUCUUUCUUGGAUAUCCUACUGGAAAGAAAGGAUAUAAACUUCUAAAUUCGACUAACCAUUCUAUUUUUUAUUCUCACGAUGUCAUAUUUUCUGAAUCUAUUUUUCCUUAUUCCAACCCCUCUCCUUCAGCAUCUUUCCCUCUUUGUUCUUCUCCAUUUAUUGAUCUUGACUCUUAUGUUUCCCAGACCCACUCUCAUGUUUCCCAGUCAUUCAAACCUCCUGCUAUAUCUUCAUCUUCACAUUCUAUUCCACAGUCCUCCUCUAAACCAUCUUCUCCUCUUCCACCUAGAAGAUCCUCCCGAAAUCAUCACCCUCCUCCUUAUCUCACCGACUAUAUUUAUUCCUCCUUCCACCCAACAACACCUGAUUCUCCUACAUAAACCUCAAUACUAUCAACAAGCAGCUUCAAACCCUGCUUGAAAGCUUGUAAUGACCAAAGAAUUUGAGGCUUUGGCUACCAAUCACACUUAUGAUUUCAUUUAUUUACCUCUCCACAAGAAAGCAAUAACAUGUAAAUGGAUUUAUAAAAUUAAGCAGCGAUCUGAUAGCAGAAUUGAGAGAUACAAGGCUCGUUUGGUCAUUAUAGGCGAUGCCUAGAAAGAGGGUGUUGACUAGAGUGAGGCAUUUUCUCCUAUCAUCAAACUCACCACUAUCAAAUAUUUAAUCACUUUAACCGUUAAGAGAGGCUGGACUAUUUUCCAACUUGAAGUUAACAAUGCCUUCCUUCAUGGUGAUCUCCAUGCGGAAGUGUAUAUGAAGAUCCCUCCCAGUCUUGUGAUUUCCUCUCCAUCCAUAUCUGUUCCUAUUUCUUCUAGUAAAAAUGAUUACUCCCUUUUCACUAAAUUUGCUAAUGAUUCUUUAAUAGUACUUGCUGUAUAUGUAGAUGAUAUUCUACUUAUUGGGGAUGACAUCAUGGAGUUGAAUAGCCUCAAGGCUUUCUUAGAUGAUACUUUUAAAUUCAAUGAUUUGGGUUGUGUUCAUUAUUUUUUGGGCCUUGAGACUACUCUUCAGUCUGAUGGAUAUUUUAUGAGCAGCACAAACAUACGACUAAUUUACUGGCUGAAUUUCACUGUUAUAAUUACACCCCUGAUGUCACCCCUCUUGAUCCUUCUUGUAAAUUUUUGGUUGAUAUGGAUGUACCUCCUGCUGAUGCUAGCACUUACAAACACCUUAUUGGCAAUCUUAAUUUCCUUCAGCCCACUCGUCCCAACAUUUCCUUUGCGGUGCAACAUCUUAGUCAAUUUUUUACAACAUCCUCAGGUUCCUCACAUGUUAGCUGGUAUUCAUGUUCUAAGGUAUAUCAUGGAUGAUCCUGCUCAAGGCAUCCUUUUGUCUAAUUCUCAAGAUUUUUCUCUCUUGGCUUAUUCAGAUUUAGAUUGGGCAGCUUGUGCCCAUACUCGAAAAUCUGUUACUGGUUUCUUCAUCUCUCUAGGUGGCAGUCCUAUAUCUUGGAAAAGUAAGAAGCAACCAACUAUAUCUCUUUCUUCUACUGAAGCAAAGUACCGGGAACUUCGUAUGGUGGUUGCUGAAAUAUCAUGGCUAACUCGUCUUCUAGGUGAUCUUGGCUUACCAAUGUCUGGCCCUAUUCUUGUUUAUUGUGAUAAUCAGGCGGCUCUUCACAUUGCUAAAAAUCCCGUGUUUCACGAACGUACAAAACACAUAGUUAUUGAUUGCCAUUUUGUUCGUGACUGUCUUAUUUAUGGCCUUAUAUCUCUGUAUUUUCUCUCUUCGGAGGGCCAACUUGCUGAUCUUCUCACCAAAUCUCUUUAUAGUGCUGCUCACAGGGGUCUUAUGUCCAAGCUGGGAGUUCAUUUCCCCUCCAGCUUGAGGGGGGUGUUAAGCAUGCUCAAGUUUAAGCUGAGUUGUCUACUUUACCGGAUCAGGCCCAGGCCCAACAGUUCGACCCGACUUCGAUAUAUUAGCUUCUUUCUUUUCUGAUUGUAGAUAUAAGUGUAGAGACUCUUCUAGAAACAUAGAGAAUAACAAAACUAUCUUUCUUCGAUUAAGCUUUUUCCUCUCUUCUGUUCUCU